ACAUAGAAACAGGAAACGGUGUCUUUGGCCACAGUAUUAGCAACAGUGAGUGCCAUCUCACUCCACAUCGAUGUAACUAAUUCCAUUUCCACCUUUUUUAUUUAUUGGAGAUUUAGAGGAUAUAAAUGUUUAAAAUUCAUAUGGUGGUAACCUAUAUGCCAUGGUCAAGGGCGGGCUUGGACUUUACGCGAAACUUCAACAAGGAAGUUUCCUAACCAAUCCCGUUACGGUGACACUUCAUCGCGACUUGGCCAUAUCCCGCAGCCGGGAGCAGCCACAGGCCACAGCCCCUUUACUUAACAUGUGCUAAUAUGCGAUUUCUAUAUUCUCAGAACAAACCACAUGGAACAGCAUUAAACUGUGAGGGUCAUUAUUUUUAUCGGAGUAUUCCUAAAUGGACUGGUAGCGAUACAUGACCCUCUAGCCUCAGAAAACUUAGUUGCUUUAGUUUAAAAGAAAAGUGGAUCUAACGGUGAAUUUUCGGCAUUGAUCAGAAGAACAAUCAUAAUGGCUUCUAACUAUUCUGAUGUUGCACCAAGUCCAAAUAAAACAAUUGGUUUUGUGGAGCUUUUGCCUUUGGACACAACAUGCCAACAUCUACUGAAAGACUGGGGCCUGUGUUUACAGUGGCUGGCUUAGACGACAGAGUUUAAGGAACCGAUUGAAGAUCUUUUCAUGGGCACAGGUGUAUGUUGUCAUUUCAGGAGGUUGUGUAUACUGCUACAGCAACGAAGUAGCCAAAAAACCUGCAUCUGCAUUUUCUUUAUAUGGCUACAACAGGUAUAAAUGUUUUUAAAGUUUUUAGGGCUGGGGAGGUCACAUCAAAAGAGGCAACAUGGGUUUUCAAGAUUACACAUGUAAGUCCUGAAUUUCGCACUUACAUGUUCUCCUGUUCAUCAGAGAGAGAGAUGAAGCACUGGAUGAAGUUUUUCAAGCAAGAAAUGCUGAGAGCUAAUGGAAAGCUGGCAAGGACACAGGGAGAUGGGAUCUGUGCUGACCAAGAUUCCAGAUCAGACUCCUCUGUCAACUCUCAGGACUAUAUUGAUAUUGAGACUAACAUCUAUGAAGACAGCAAGACAUACAUCGCACCUUCGCGUGACCUGAACAAGCGAGAGGAUGAAGAGUCAGAUGAGGAGAUGGAUAAUGUUAUAAAGAGAUGUCUAAGAGAUCCACGAGAUCGUCCCCCUUUGCCCCCUCCCGUGCCAGAUCGCACAACCAAGAUGGCCAGAGACAAAAAUAAUGCACCCUCUUCAGCAGUUGGGUCAUUUCAGGUGAAUCAAUUGAUAUAGAUGAGGAUGAAAUGAGAAGAAAGAAGAGGUAGUAAUGAUAUCUUUUAUGACACAUUUGCCUGCAUUCAGAGUGGUUCUUUUUCCCUUAAUCUUACAUUUUUACACAAGUAUUUAUACCAGUAGAGUAACAACACCUGCAUACACUUCCACACGGACACACAAACACUCUUUUUUUAAACUUUUGAGUUUUUGUCUGAAUUUUACUGUGCUAUAGCAAUUUGCAGUUACUGCAUUUUUCCUUUCUUAGCUGUGGUAAGUGUAAUGAUCUGUUGAAACACAUGGAUGAUCUAAGGUGAAUAUAUUCAGUGAGAGAAAUAUUUAGAUUACUUGAAGUACCUGAAAUUUAUUCAUUACAAGUUUUCUAAGUGUGCUGAUAUAUAUAUAUAUUUUGCCUCUUACCUUCUACUGACAAGUCUUUUGCAUAUUGCACAUUCACUCUCCACCUCCUGCCCUUCAGUAUGAGCCUGUCAAAAGGUGCACAUGGUAGCUGAGCAUUGUUUAUCAUCUUCUAUUUAGUCUUUGCUUUUCUUUUGUUGCCUUCAAUAGUCAUUAGUAGUGAAUUUUGUAAAGCUUAUCAGUUAAGCAUUUUCAUCCUUUAUCUCACUAG